GGCUGGUUGGAAGUUGAAGAUGAGGUUGAAAAAGUAUCCCCCGCGUUUCCUCUACGAAUUGUCUCUCUCCAAGUUGAAAAUAGUUCCGACCAUUCUGUUCAUUCAUUUCGUGUCACAAGCAGGCAGCAAAGAGUUAGUUAGCCUUCUCCCUUCUCUGUGCCGAUGGAGAAUCCGGGCAUGGGAACAACCUGUCGGACGGACAACUCUCGAGAUUUGAAUGGGCUUUCCAAGUAUCAGUUGACAACAUGACUCGAAAGUGGCAAGGUCUCUCCUCCCUUCUUGGGCUGGCCUGGAUUUUGGGGACAACACGUGGUCACUAUCAUCAUGGCAAGGACUCAGACUUUUACGGCGAGUACUAUCUGGAUCGAUACGAUCAGAAAGUGUACACGUACUGCUAUGAGAAGGGUUUCCUUCUUCGACACCAUUGCCGUCCUCCACCCACACAUUACAAAUACUCGACUUACCAAACCGAAGAGCAUCAAACCUCUUACUACGCCACGUCCCAUUUCUUGGUGAGCCCGAGCUAUUCCCACCAAUACCACCACUACGAUGGCCGAGGCAACAUCAAUGUGGGCAAGGGCCAAUAUUACCUUCAGGGUCGAGAUUUGGUGGUGGAGUGUGACUUCCCGUCUAGCUCGCGCCAUCUCUCCAAUGUGAUCUGGUAUCGCAAAUCUCACGGAAAUCAUGGAUAUGCCAAAGAUCAUGAUUACCACCGACAGAAUCGCUAUCGUUACUAUGUCGAGAAUUGGGGUGAGAAUGGCUCGAGAUUGAUCAUUCGAGAUUAUCGUCCGGUCGAGGAUGACGGAGUUUAUCGUUGCUUUGCCACACGAUAUCGACCCGGAAGAUACAUCGGUGGACGAGACAAGGAUACUAUUUACAUGGAAAUCGAUGUUUAUCCUCGGAAGUGGGCGUGGGAUUGAAAGCAGCGAGAGUGUUCAAGCUUAAGCCUUGGUCAUCAAAUCUAUUCGAGACCAAAUGUGUGUUCAAUUGAAAGCCUUCCUGCUUGCCGCUUGAGAUGCAAAACAAGUCCACGUGAUAGUGGUUUUUCGCUUCUUUUGCUUUUCGCAUUUUGUACAAAUGGCAAUUACUAGGCAAGAAUAAAUUCUUUCUCUUCA